GAACUCUGCACAUACAUCAUUCUACACAGUGAAGGCCAAACAUCCAGGUAACAAUAAGUAAGGGGGACUUUAAACAUUUGCUUGGUAUAAUCUCAACAUUUCAUGCUUCGUUAAAAUAUUGCUGAGAUAAAACAACAGCCUAUUCACAAGCUUCAUUAGCAGCUGUAUUUUGAGGAUGAGGGUGCAAAAAAAUGGGACCUGGCAGUACAGAAAGAGGAUCUAGCACAAGGAAGAUUGUAUAGAAAGAAGAAUAUAGCAGUGUGACUGUGACUAAACAUAUAAAAAGUAACAUAGUGUCCGCAAAAGAAAAAUGGCACCUACCGUGGCAAAGAAAAAUGAAUAAUACAGAAAUGUACUGCAGAUACAAAAUAUAUUUAGUUUAAGUUAAGUGAAAACUAAAAAAUACACAAAGAUGUAUUCAGUAUGUUACAUAUUAUAACCAUUAUAUGGACUUUGGACUAUUAUAACCGUUAUAUAUCUCAGAGAUUAUUUAUUAUACAUAGUACACAUGCUGAAUUUGUUUAGUUCACAUCAACAGAUCAUUACAGAAAGUGUAUAGAUGUGUAUUGUAAACACUUUUCAUAUAAUUUAAGUUACAUGCAAACUCAUUUUGCCUUAUUCCAGUGAGUGAAAUAAUAGUGAAAUUAAAAAAGUAAAUGGAUAUAAAUUUGACCAACAAUUAUAGUAGAAGUAUAAUAAGAUAUGAGUAACAGGUGACAUUUCACUGCAGAACAAGUACUUUUCCUUGGAUACUUCAAGUACAUUACUGAUAAUACUUCUAUGCUUUACUCAAGGAUUUUGAAUGCAGAACCUUUACUUGUAAUUGAGUAUGAUUACAUUAAUUUAUUGGUACUUAAACUUAAGUAAAUGAUCUGAAUACUUCUUCCACCACCUCAAAACACUAUACAUAUUUUUUAAAAUCUGGAUUAAAUUCUUAGCCUGUAGAGUUGUAGUCAAAAGUUUUGGUUUUCACAACGUUGCUGCUUCAGUGUUUUUAGAUAGUUUUGCCAGAUGGUAUACUGAAGUAUAAUGACAAGCUUUUCACAAGUAUUAAAGGCUUUUAUUGACAAUUACAUUAAGUUUAUGCAAAGAGUCAAUAUUUGCAGUGUUGAUCCUUCUUUUUCAAGACCUCUGCAAUUCGCUUCGGUAUGCUGUCAGUUAACUUCUAAGCCACAUCCUGACUGCUUGGAGUUUUUCAGAAUUUGUGGGUUUUUGUUUGUCCACCCGCCUCUUGAGGAUUGACUACAAGUUCUCAAUAGGAUUAAGGUCUGGUGAGUUUUCUGGCCAUGGACCCAAUAGUUCAAUGUUUUGUUCCCCUCACCACUUAGUUAUCACUUUUGCUUUAUGGCAAGGUUCUCCAUCAUACUGGAAAAGGCAUUGUUUGUCACCAAACCGUUCUUGGAUGGUUGGGAGAAGUUGCUCUCCGAGGAUGUUUUGGUACCAGUCUUUAUUCAUGGCUGUGUUCUUAGGCAAAACUGUGAGUGAGCCCACUCCCACCACACAUGAAUGGUCUCAGGAUGAAUUACUGUUGACAUGACACAGGACUGAUGGCAGCGCUCACCUUGUCUUCUCCGGACAAGCUUUUUUCCAGAUGCCCCAAACUGUCAGAAAGGGGAUUCAUCAGAGAAAAUGACUUUACUCCAGUCCUCAGCAGUCCAAUCCCUGUACCUUUUGCAGAAUAUCAGUCUGUCCCUGAUGUGUUUUCUGGACAGAAGUGGCUUCUUUGCUGCCCUUCUUGACACCAGGCCAUCCUCCAAAAGUUUUCGCUUCACUGUGCGUGCAGAUGCACUCACACCUGCCUGCUGCCAUUCCUGAGCAAGCUCUGCACUGGUGGUGCCCUGAUCCUGCAGCUGAAUCAACUUUAGGAGACGGUCCUGGUGCUUGCUGGACUUUCUUGGGCACCCUGAAGCCUUCUUCACGACAAUUGAACCUCUCUGCUUGAAGUUCUUGAUGAUAAAUGGUUGAUUUAGGUGCAAUCUUACUAGCAGCAAUAUCCUUGCCUGUGAAAACCCUUUUUGUGCUACGCAAUGAUGACGGCACGUGUUUCCUUGCAGGUAACCAUGGUUAACAGAGGAAGAACAAUGAUUUCAAGCACCACCCUCCUUUUAAAGCUUCCAGUCUGAUAUUCUAACCCUAUCAGCAUGACAGUUAUCUCCAGCCUUGUCCUCGUCAACACUCUCACCCGUGUUAACGAGAGAAUCACUGACAUGAUGUCAGCUGGUCCUUUUGUGGCAGGGCUGAAAUGUAGUGGAAAUGAUUUUUUGGGAUUAAGUUCAUUUUCAUGGCAAAGAAGGACUUUGCAAUUAAUUGCAAUUCAUCUGAUCACUCUUCAUAACACUCUGGAGUAUAUGCAAAUUGCCAUCAUAAAAACUAAAGCAGCAAACGUUGUGAAAACCAAUACUUGUGACAUUCUCAACACUUUUUGACCACAACUGUACAGCGUCAUUAAACUAUUACAGUCCUUUGGCGCCACCAAGUGGUGAAACACAUCAGUUACAGCGCCGGCGCACUUCCGUUCCUCCAGUCAUCAAGGAAGUUCAACCGAUGGACGACAAACGACAUCGACCAGCUCCCGUGUCCUCUGUUUUCUCAACGUAAACCUGUCAGAUAGCAUCGUUUUUUUCCACAGAAAGGUGACCAUUUACACGGCGGUAUGGCGAUGUCAACAUUUCAGAAGGUGACCCUCGCGACGUGUCUCGUGCUGUGCGUCGCCCUGCUGCUUCCCAAAAUGCUGUUAUCACGGGGGAGGAAGGAUGCUGCUGAGCGGCCGGAGGGUUCAGGUCGCCUCCCUCCGAUGAUGCACCGUCAGGCGGCUCCAGAGGGUCGAGGCCAGAAGGCUGCAGGCUCCGGCUUCUCCAGAGCCCACAACCCAGAGGCCGUUUCCAGGGCCAAGGGAGCAGGAACGGGGGCAGGAACUGGGGGCAAAUCAAACCUGGCAGGACAGAUCAUCCCUGUGUACGGAUUCGGGAUCUUACUCUACAUCCUCUACAUACUGUUUAAGAUCACAUCUAAGGGGAACAGCAAACCAUCAGAGAGCAGGUUUCCUUCGGUUCGGUCUGAGAACACGAAGAGAAAGAUCACUGACUUUGAGUUGGCUCAGCUGCAGGAGAAACUGAGGGAAACGGAGUUGGUGAUGGAGAAUAUUGUUUCCAACGCCCACCACAGCCCUGACAGGGUGAAGGGGGUGACUGCGGAUCAGGAGGAGAGCCUCCUGCAGCAGCUGACGGAGAUAACUCGGGUGAUGCAGGAGGGCCAGCUGGUGGACAACGUGGCUGCAGAGAAGAAGACCCAGGACGACUGGGAAGAUUAUCCUGAGGAGCCUCAGCAGUACUGGGAACAUUCCCGCUGCUGUUGUCAGCACAGUCAGCAGCACCACAGUCCAAAGACAGAGACACAGGCUGAGACGACACAAGCUGAUGGGGCCGACCUGGAAAACAUUCCUGGGGACGUUACAGGUGGAGGAGAGGCCGAGGAAGCGGAGGCUCUGAAUGAAGACGCUGUGAGGGAAUCUGAUGUUACAGCAGUAAGUGAAGAGGAUGUGGGGCCAGAGAGUGAUUUAGGCAGAAAUGAGAGGGUGGACAAUCGUGGUAAAAUCGAUCUGGGUGUCCCAGCGGAAGACCUGGCUGGAGUCCUGAAGGAGCUGGAGCUCACACUGAAGAUGACGUCCACGAUGGAGCAGGAGAAGUUGGAGGACCUCACCAGGUCGACGGAGAUAGAAACGACUUGCAGUGCGGUCAGACGGAGGACUAAGAAGAGGAGAGCAAAGAAAGCCUCACACUGACUUCCAACAUGACUGCAUAUAAACUCAAACCUGGGCCUGGUGUUUGUGAGGACAGCUUCUUUUUUGAAAUCUGUUAUCAGAUGGGCAGAAGCAUGAAAGCAUGCAUGAAAAUGUGUUGCCAGCCUUGUUAACCUUUACUUGAAGUCAAUAAGUGAGAAAACUUGUGUUUGGGGUACUGUUUUAUAUCACUGCCAGCUUUAUCCAUUGGCUAAAAAAGGAAUAAGUAUAGUUUAUGGUAAGUUCUGACACGUAAGAUAUUUCUCAAGAAAAAACAGGGGUGUCAUUUAUAAAACACUCACAAUCAAAUACCAUUAUACCACUUUGCUUAAUGUAUGAAUUCAUUAAGUUUUAAAUGUAAUUUAAACUAAUAUGGAGAUGCUUCCAGGACUCCUCUAGGUCAAGAUUUGAUGUGAACAAACCCAGUAUUUAGUUCUGUUAGGGGAGUGUUGAGUUAUUCAUCAUAUUUGAUCUGUUAAGGCCUUUUUCCUCACAAUUAUCAGCUUUUUUCCCUGUAAAAUGAUUUCAUGUUAUCCACAUCAAGUGCUUGAAUUAAAGGUGGUUUUAAAAUAUGUAAACGACUAGCAAACGACUGAAUCAGGCCACUUCAAAACAUGUUUGUUCUACAAAUAGAUAAAGUUCUAAAACACCAGAAGUUAGUAAUUUCAGCUCAGAUCAGGACAAAUUUAGAAAAUGUCAAGUGGGCAGAAAUUGUGCAGUUGAUGAAUGCUGGGUCUGCAAGAAGCGCUGAUUCAGUUUUUUAUCACAUCACUGUAAUUUACUGGGGUGGUUGUGCCUUUUCUCAACUUUGUCAGAAUAUGUUUUGAACAGAACACUUCAAUCAAACUAGUCAUUUUAAAUUUCUGUGGUCUUUGUGUCAGAUGAAAAUUUUAGCGUGAAGAGAUACAAUAAAUGCACUGUACUAAAUUAAAGGGAACAAGACCUGUUGGACAUAAAAUAGUUCCCCCUGUCUUCUCAUCAGUGUUUGUGAUGGAUAAAUCUUGUCUUCUGUACCGGUAAUUUUUUAAGCUUCCAACAAACCUGCUGUCUUGUGCUGUAAAUAUUUUUUUUUUUACUUUUAUAAACUGAAUUCAUUUAUUUAUUAACUAUUCAGAAAGGGACCUGGGUAUGUAUAUCAGUGAUUAAAAUACUGUGAAUAACUUA